GUUUCAUUCCAUUUUUUGGGUUUACUUUGAAAGCAGAGAAGCAGUAGAGAGAGAGAGAGAGAGAGAGAGAGAGAGAGUAGCAACAGAAACGAACACGAUGGUGUCGGCGAUGGAUUUAUUCGAGAAGCUAGAGAAAGUAGGAGAGGGAACUUACGGGAAAGUGUACAGAGCAAGGGAGAAAGCCACCGGGAAGAUCGUUGCACUAAAAAAGACACGUCUCCAUGAAGACGAUGAAGGUGUCCCACCCACCACUCUUCGCGAAGUCUCCAUCUUGCGUAUGCUUUCCAGAGAUCCUCACAUCGUCCGAUUGUUGGACGUGAAACAAGGGCAAAAUAAAGAAGGCAAGACAGUUCUGUAUCUGGUUUUUGAGUACAUGGACACCGAUCUCAAGAAAUUUAUCCGAAGCUUUCGCCAAACUGGAGAGAACAUUCCUGUCAAAACUGUCAAGAGCUUGAUGUAUCAACUAUGUAAGGGUGUGGCUUUCUGCCAUGGCCAUGGAGUCUUACACAGGGAUCUUAAGCCUCAUAAUCUCUUGAUGGACCGCAAGACUACGAUGCUUAAAAUAGCUGAUCUCGGACUGGCUCGAGCAUUUACUCUUCCUAUUAAGAAGUAUACCCAUGAGAUAUUGACUUUGUGGUAUAGAUCUCCUGAAGUCCUUUUGGGGGCUACCCGUUACUCAACUGCAGUGGAUGUAUGGUCUGUUGGCUGUAUAUUUGCUGAACUGGCCACAAAGCAAGCACUAUUCCCUGGAGACUCUGAACUGCAACAGCUCCUGCAUAUUUUCAGGUUAUUAGGUACUCCAAAUGAAGAAAUGUGGCCAGGAGUAAGCAACCUGAUGAACUGGCAUGAGUAUCCCCAAUGGAAACCUCAGAGUUUGUCAUCGGCUGUUACUAAUUUGGACAAGGAUGGGCUGGAUUUACUAUCACAAAUGUUGCAGUAUGACCCUUCAAAGCGCAUCUCAGCAAAGAAAGCCAUGGAACAUCCUUACUUUGAUGAUCUAGAGAAGGACCGUCUCUAAGAAUCACAAUGCUGCGACUAGUAUGGGCAGCAACCUUGUUUGGUGAUUUUAGGACCGGCGAACUGAAUUUAUGUACUGAAUCUAUUUGCUUCACUCAAGCAUACUGAUCGGAGUCGUGUUAUAUUUGUCUUAGUAUGAUUGCUUAAUGUUGAAUCUUUAUCAAUUUAAUGCCAUUAUCGAUCAUUUUCAAUAA